CCGCACCUCGCAGAGCCUGAGUGUCGACGUUCCGCUGCGUCCCACGCAACCGGAAGUGUCCGAGCCCUUGGCCGACGGACCUGGUAGAGCGGAAGUCACUCCGUGAGGCAGUGGCGACAGUAGCGGCGAGAGGAUGAACAACAAAUUCGACGCCUUGAAAGAUGAUGACAGUGGAGACCACGAUCAGAAUGAAGAAAACAGCACACAGAAAGAUGGUGAGAAGGAAAAAACAGAAAGAGACAAGAGUCAGAGCAGCAGUAAAAGAAAGGCUGUUGUCCCCGGACCAGCAGAGCAUCCCUUGCAGUACAACUAUACUUUCUGGUACUCCAGGAGGACCCCAGGUCGUCCCACCAGCUCCCAGAGCUAUGAACAGAAUAUCAAGCAGAUUGGCACAUUUGCCUCUGUGGAGCAGUUCUGGAGGUUUUAUAGCCACAUGGUACGUCCUGGGGACCUGACAGGACACAGUGACUUCCAUCUCUUCAAAGAAGGAAUUAAACCCAUGUGGGAGGAUGAUGCAAAUAAAAAUGGUGGCAAGUGGAUCAUUCGGCUACGGAAGGGCUUGGCCUCCCGGUGCUGGGAAAAUCUCAUCCUGGCUAUGUUGGGGGAACAGUUCAUGGUUGGGGAGGAGAUCUGUGGGGCUGUGGUCUCUGUCCGCUUCCAGGAGGACAUCAUUUCCAUAUGGAAUAAGACUGCCAGUGAUCAAGCAACCACAGCCCGAAUCCGGGACACACUUCGGCGCGUGCUUAACCUACCUCCCAACACCAUUAUGGAAUACAAAACUCACACCGACAGCAUCAAGGCCUGGGAGGAGUUUCAUGGCCUGGUGAACAGCAGCGGCCGCUGAUCGGCGCUCCCCCUCUGUCUCACACUCAGGGGACAAUUCAAGUUUUCGAAAUACAAAAAUCACAUUGUGAAAGUGCACAAGCUGGCAAUAAUCCUUUUCUGUAUGUGUGUUUGUCCGGAUGGAUGGGAGGCCUCCCGCCAGCCCUUCCACCUGCUCCUGGAAGGGUCACCCUGAGCCACGCUCCCCUUUGCACUCCUUCCCAGAAGACGGAAGUGGUCCAACACCCUCCCCCACCGCGGGCUUUAGGAAUGGAAGAACGGAAGACACGACUGUAACAGUACCCUCAGUGCGGGCCUCCGGGAGUGCGGCCUCCCAGUCUGCUAAGGGGGUGUGUGGAGCCACUGAGCUGUCGGUAUUGCAGGUGCCUGUGCACCCAGGAGCCUGUGCUGCUGAGUCCCAGGGGACCCGGUGCCUCUUCAGGCACUGUGCUCAGUUGUCAGCACAGUCUUGUUCUCCCUUGCCCCAAGUCCGCCACUCUGAAAAUGUGUUAUCGGUGCAAUGACUGCCUGGAACUUGAUGUCCUCUCCUGCCUUACACCUCAGCUUCCUCCCGAGGGACUCCGCCCUUCUCAGGCACUGCCGCACCUAAAACUGGAAUCGGCGGGACACUGCCUUGCUGAUGAGCUGGAGCAGAGAGCCAGCCUGUUGAGCGGCAGGGCUGUAACCCUAGGUCCAGGGUCAGACGAGGAGCCGCUGUACAUGCGAGCAGGGCCUGUGUGCCGAGCUUCAGUGAGGAUAGGACAGACAUCUGGUCCUUGCCGGCUACUAACGCUUAGUUUGUGAAUGCGACUGGAACAGCUGAAGACCGGGGGGCGUGCUGGAUGGCUUAGCUUGUGUGGCUGUGCCUGUCUGCAGCACUGGGAGCCCCACCUCAAGUCUCCAUGACCCCGAGUGUAUGCUGAUCACUGAUGCCAGAGACCCCAGGCAGCCCCAACAGACCAGGCCCUCAGAGAAGCCUGGGGUCGGAGGUCAGAAGAGCACCUGGGUUCACAGGAGUGUUGGACAGGCAGCCUCGGGAGCGCUCUGAGCCACACCCAGGACCUUCCAUCACCGCCUCCCCUCAGACACAUCUGGGUUGGUGGGUGUCUCGCGCUGUGUGUGCGUUGCUGCCAGCUUCCACCACCCGAUCCCCUGGAGUCACACACUACCUUGGGGGGUGCUUUGCCUGAAAGAACUAAAAUGCAGGGCCCGGGAGGGAGGGCGCUCUGGUUGGAGAAGACACACUGUGACUGACUCCAAAGGAGGAAGAAGUUGUGUGCAGACGCAGAUGGCUGUGAAGGAGGAACAGCAGCGGUGGUGACCCAGGGCAUUUGAGUGGACCCAGGAGGACUUCUCUUUCGCCCAGUCUUGGAUUGCUUGAGAAUUCCAAAGAGAGCAGACAUUGGGAUUUGCCUUCCUUUGGGCAUUUACCUGACUGGUGUGUGUGUGUGCGUGCGUGUGUGUGUACAUUGUGUUUAUGGGUGAGGGUUUUGUAGGGCCUAAUGGUUAGGUCCGUAGUUGUGUCCCUUUUUUUGGUCUCAUUUGUUCAGAUUUUUUAAUCGCUGAUGUUUUCUGGAGCUGCUCAAGUUGCCUCUUCCUCUUAAUCAGUGUUGUCAGACACUCACGACCGCCUGUGAGGACAGGCUGGCUCUGCCCGUCUGCUCCCUGACUGCCUCGGGCUGUGAGUGCAUCUGAGUGCCUGGGUCGGGAAUCUCCCUUGUUUUGGGGCUGAGGCUCUGGCGUGUGGAGAUGUGACAAGGCCACGGCACCACUGUCACUGUUCUAGUGACAGCGUGAGUCGAGGGCUGUGGGGGCUGCUCUCCCCGGCCCUCCGCAGGGUGUUCCCUCCGACUUUCCCCCAGCCCUCCCGUGCCCUUCUGUCUGUGUCCCGUUUGCCUGUGUGUCCUCCUCGUGACAUUGGCGGUGGCAAUAAUUUUCCACCCACACAAGCUUCCGGUCCGUGAUGCUCCAAGAAUGAAUUUCCAAGUAUUCCAGUGGGGGCAGCGGGGCUGUGGCGAGUAAUGUAGGGUUGCACUUUGUGAAUGAUUGUCCACUGUGGUAAUAAAUGGAAAAUAGCAAGAGCCAGGCUGCGGCCAUGUCAGCACACA